GGGGGGAUUGUCUCAUUUCUUGACAAAAAACUCCUUUGCCAAACAGACAACAACGCACCGGAAAGAAGCCACAUCCUCAGGCAGGCAUGGCAUGAAUUGUGAGUGAAAGGUCCCCUUAAAAAGAAAGGGACUGAGCCAAGGUGAAAUUGUCGGAGCAAGAAAAGGGAAAUAGGCAGAGAAUUGGAGAGAGCCUCGAUAAUUAUUCUGAUCUGAAUAUAAUGCUUCUUAAUCAGUGAGGUAUCUGUUGUUGCACUUUCUAACUGGUUCGGCUGUGCGCUGGGUGGUCGACAAGGGCAGGGAGGGAGGAAAUGCAAAGAAGAGCAUCAUGGGAUGCUCUACCCAGCACAUCCCUAGUGGAGAUAUUUUGCAGAACCCCCAUCAAAGAUCGCUUUUGCAGCCUCCCUCUGGUAUGCAGAUCGUGGGCCGACGUUUCUCGCAACCCUCGGUGCUGGGCUUCUAUGAUCCCGGCCGAACACUCAUCAUCUGCUUGUGCUUUUGAUGAUGCCUUCAUCAAACAUUCUUCUUCUUCUUCUUAUAGUCGUCUGGACCGCCUCGCUUUCGACGACCCUUUUGACGGGCGGCGCAGCCCCGAUUCCGACCGGCGGACUUGCUAUGCUCCGGUCUCUGAUUACCAGAGCGGCUGGCGGAGCUGCCGUUACUUCUCUCUAUUUCUUCCCCUUUCUUUACUUGUGUCGAGGCUUUCCGUCCCAAUGAUGACGCCCUCCUUCGUCUCAUUGCACAAAGUUGCCCAAACUUGAGACACCUUUCUUUUCAUGGAUCCUACAAUGCUACUGAGGGAGCAAUUUUGGAAGUAAUGAGCAAAUGCCCAAAACUAGAGCUUAUUGACUUCUCCGACUCCCCGUACUUCACUCCUACAGUUUUAGAACACAUGAGCACUUGCUGUCCCGAAGUUAGGGGGAUUAGAAGAAAUGGAUUCUUGCAACCAGGUUUCGCUUCUGCUCUUGCUGUAGGCUUUCCAAAUUUGAGGAUCUUGAAUCUCUCUGGUUCAACUAUUGUUGAUAAAGAUCUACUAACUAUCAUGACUGCAAGAAUUGGGAUUCAGUACCUAGACAUUACCAAUUGCCAGCAGUUGAAGUGUUACAUGCACAUCAUAAAGCGAGCCCCUGUUCAGAUAUCCCAAAUCCUGUAUGAUUGAGAUUCAAGAAUUGAUUACUACCAGCAGCUAUUGAACCUUGCGAGUGCUUGCAUAACCUUCAAAAUGGUGAAGUUUACCAGAAUAGAACUCCAGAGUCGUGUGUUGUUGUUUUCUUUCCUUGGCAAUGACUUGCUGUCACAUAAAAAAAUGCAAAGUUGCUGACUUUCAUGGGAUUGGGCUCUUCUCGUAAAAUGAUGGUGAAGAGGUGAGCACAAAUCCAAACGUUGUACUAUGUUUUAUACUCAUGUGUUUGGAUAAAGAUGUAAUUUUUUGAAAUAAUUAUUGUAGUAGCACUUUUUGUAAUAUGAUGUAUGUGAGAUAAAGAUGUGUUUACGAUGGAAGCGAAAUAUUUUAUUUUGAAAAAAAAUUAGCUAUACAAAC